GUUUUUCUCCUAUGUUGUUCGUGGCAACGGCAACUAACGCAAGCGAGCGAGGCAAGCGAAGCACAAGGGGGCAAACAGCAGGGGCGAUCACCAACCACACCAAACCCACUGCUGUUCUUGUGCGCGAGGCCCCUCCUCUCUCGUUGGCAAACAAACAAACCCGGCACUCGUACGCUGUCAGAGCUGCUGCUUCACACACGUGCGCACCGGCCGCCGACGCUUGCAGAGAGGUGUGCACUGCCACCACUGCCACCACCACCAAACAACAACAGCAACAGCAACAGCAGCAGGCCUUGCGUCGGGUGUAUUUUGCGUGCAAUUUGCGGAGUGGCGUACCCAACCGUUGCCUGUCCCGUUCGCGCCCUCGACCGCUGUCCACCCUGCCUGACAACCAGCACAAACUGAGCGAGCAUCGCAUCAGGGAUUGUUGGCUGCACCAAGCGGCGGCAUGAGUCGGCGUCCAUCAUUGCUGAGCCAGGCCCAUCUGCGCGAUGCUUUCCUGGUGCUCGGCGGUAAACGAGCAGAUGACCCUGGCCCGAAACAGACCCGGGUCAAAGCGGUCGCAGACGUGGUGAGAACAGAAGACUACAUCAGCCUCGACUCCAUGAAGCAAUUGAUUGUCAAGUUCAAGGAGCAUGACGACAAGAUGACACCGGAGGAAUUCCACGACGCCGUCGCUUCCGUGAUUGAGCCCGGCCCGGACUUUGACAAGCGCAUGGACAUCCUCUUUAAGAAAAUGGACACAAACCAGAACGGCCUGGUUGAGCUUGAUGAGUUCUGCUCGCACUUUAUGGCGGAUCUCGAGGAAAAGCACAAUCUCCGCAACGAGCGAGAGGUGCCGCUGCUGGUGUGCCCGCACCUCUUUGAUAACCCGCACCGCGGCACCAUCCUGCGCAUUGACGCGCGCAGCAACCCGACCCGCCUCAUGACUGUCAGCGACGACGGCAUCGUCGCCAUGUGGACCGCCAAGAUGACCGUGCAGCGCACGAUCACCCUGCACCAGAUCAAGUCGCUGAAGCAAAUAUCGGUGACGGAUGCGGUGCUGCUGACCAACGGGUUCCGCCUCGCCGUCUCAACCACCAACCGCGACCUCUGCUUCUUCGAGUCCACCUCAGGCGGCCUGUGCCACCGCAUCGUUGGCCUGUCGGACACAAUCACGUAUCUGUACUACGAAGCGCUCUCGUCCGAAACAGGGCUGCUCAUCUGGGGUGACAUGGCCGGGGCAAUCAACAUGCUCCGCUUCCGGAAAGUGAGCAAGAUGCUGUUUCCAAUGCACAACACGCCGUGGAGCAACAACCUCGCCAUCAACCUGCGUGACAUAAAGCUGUGCGACCCAGACAUUGUCACCUACACCAAGUAUCGCCCGCACACGCCCGGAGCAGAGGAGGUGGACAGGAGCAUCAAGAAGAUCAUGUGUUACCCGGAGCUGCAGUUCAUCUUCUCUGGUGUCGCGUUGGAGAAGACGUCACUCGUCAUCUACGACCUCGCACGCGAAGACUACAGCUCAAUCAACAUUCCAAAGGGCGUGUUCACAUUUGACUUCUCUGAGGAGCUGAACAUGAUUGCGACGGGAGGGGCCGACUGUGCGCUGCGUCUGUGGAAUCCGUAUGUGCCGUCCAAUCCGCUGGCGGUGCUACCGGGGCACUCCAGCCCCAUCAUCCACCUCGCCUUCAACGUCAACUACAGCCAGGUUGUCACCAUCUCCCUCAACGAGAUCAUCAAGAUCUGGGACAUCAACGAGCACGUGUGCAUGAACACGCUCGCUGCUGUUAUCCCGCACCGCUCCAUGCAGAAGAAGUUCCCGAUUGCGUGUAUGCUCUGGCACGAACAGACGCAGUGCCUCGUGACCGCGUGCAAGGACGAGCUGUGCGUCACGCAAAUGUCGCGACAGGAAGAAACAUCCGCCAGUCUGACGUCACACAAGGCGCCCAUUUCUUGCAUCAGGGUGCUGCCCGAGUUUGGGCACGUGGUCACCGCGUGCACACAGGGCGACAUCAAAGUGUGGGACCUGACGACUGGCGAGCUGCUGCUUGAGCUGUCGUCGACACACGGCUCUGCCGCCAUCACUGCCAUGACAACCGCAGACAACAACACCCGCGUCGUCACAGGAGGGUCGGAUGGAUCUGUUAUCGUGUGGAACACGUUUAGCGGGGUGCCAACACAGCGGCUCGUCACGUCGCACGGAAAGGAGGUCACAGAUAUCGCCACAUCCAAGGAUGCGGUGUACUUGACAGGAUGGGGCGGGUCUGUGUCGUGUUUCCGCCGCACACCAGCCGACCUCCGCAAGGACAAACUGUAUCCCGAUCCAAUGUGGCAGCCUGAGGGCGGGCACUCUGGCGAGAUCUCCACGAUGGCAUUCCUCCCGCCGGCACUGCUGGCCACGGGCGCAGCGGACGGUACCAUCCGAGUGUGGAACACCAACCUGAUGAAGACGGUGGCCGAGUUCAGCCCACGCGAAGCCAUGCGCCACCGCGUGCCGAGUGCGCGCCAGACGACCGGUGUGCAGUCGCUGCUGUCAACGGCGAACAAGACGCCCGUUGAUCGCGUGCUGUGGCUGCGCACGCGCAUUCGCGGCGGGCGGCGCCUCAAGACAGCCUCGCUUGUCAGUUCGGGACAGGGCGGCAUGUGCCAGUUCUGGAGCCCGUUCAAGGCCACCCUGCUCGGAUGGUUCACAGCCGCACACAGCAAACUCGCAAACGAGAAAGUGCGUGCGAUGGCAACAACGGAGGAUGACGCGUUGCUGGCGACUGCAGACACGCAGGGCUACGUGUUCCUCUGGGACAUCUCCAACUACUGCACGAACAAGCCUGACACGCUGAAGGGCAGCGAGGCGCCGCCAAUCACCGCCCACUGGCGCGCACACGUGCAGCCCGUGACAGACAUCACGGUGCUCAACAAAAACAUUGUCAUCACAGCCUCUGCAGACUGCUCCGUGCGCGUGUGGUCGCUCAAGGGCGAUUACAUCGGCACGUUUGGCGCAACGACAGAAGGGUCCUGGAUGCUUCCCCAGACAACGAGCAUGUCAUUGGAGGAAGCGGAGGCCAAGGCGGCGCAGCAAGGGCCGUCCACCACGCAGACAUCGGCUCGCGGCAGCCAGCUCUUCACAGCGAUGGGUUCGCUGAUGGAGGAAACGGACGACGGGAGCGCACGCGGGAGCAUGAGCAGCGGUGCUGGUGAUCAGCCGGCCGCCGACGCCAGCAACGAAUCAAACCUUGAUGAUGACGAUGAGGAGGGUGGCGCCGAUGUGGUGGUGACGGUGCCAACAGAUGUGCUCGGCAAGCACGUGAGGAGCCAGCUCCACCUCAGAACGUUGGCCAAGCAGGAAGUGCGCAAGGCAAAAUCAGAAAUUGACUUUUCGAAGACGGAGCAGCCUGGAUUCCAGUUCUGCGCGCCGUAUCGGGUGCUGGAGCCGACCGAGCUGAAGACCGUCAGCCCACGCCGCACAGCCCACGCCGACCACAGAUGGUCGCCGAGCCUCAACACAUCUGAACAGUGAUUCCAGGCGGGCGCGUGAUUUUUGGCUGUUGCUUCUGCCCGUGUCUCUCGUGUUACCCCUUUCUUUGCAUGCUGAUUAAGCAAGCCGUGGUGUGUACUCUUGCAUGCCCCCCCCCCCCACUCCCCUCUCCCUUCCCUCUCCCUCUCUCUUCUUAUUUUCGUGAUAUAGGUCUUGCAUACACACGUACCGCACACCACAAGCCUCCUCUCCACCUUUCAUUCCGCGUUCUGUGCCGUGUUGUGUUUCAAGUGAUGCUUCUGUUUUAUUUCUCCUGUUGCACGUAACCCACGCUCCCCUCUCGAAUAACAGACUCGCAGCA